UCUUAUCUGGAGCGACGCCCGCCUGAGAGAGACUCGAUCCCGAGACAGAGAGCUCGACUGGGCCGCUGAGCCGGAGGGAGCGCAGAUCGAUGGGGAGCGGCCGUUAGUCGGGGAUCGGGUUGGUAGUAUUGUUGUGGUGUUUUGGUCGGAGGACGGUGAGCACGGUUGCGGGGGGAGCGGAGCAGAGCGAACACAGAGGAACCAUGGCGUGCGAGCCGAACCGCGCCCGGCUGCUGUGCAUGCUCGGACUGACGUUCAGCUUCUUCUUGGUGGAGGUGGUGGUGAGCCGGCUCACGGCCAGCCUCGCCAUGCUCUCCGACUCCUUCCACAUGCUCUCUGACGUCAUGGCGCUGGUGGUGGCCCUGGUGGCGGUGCGCUUCGCCGCGCGCACCCGCUCCACCAACAAGAACACGUUCGGCUGGGUGCGCGCCGAGGUGAUGGGCGCGCUCGUCAACGCCGUCUUCCUGAGCGCGCUCUGCUUCAGCGUGGUGCUCGAGGCCAUCACGCGCUUCACCGAGCCGCACGAGAUCGACAACCCGGCCGUGCUGAUCGGCGUCGGCGUGGCCGGGCUCGCCAUCAACCUGCUCGGCCUGUGCCUCUUCCGCGAGCACGCGCACGGCCACGCGCACGGCAAGAGCAAGAAGAACAAGGGCAAGGGGGGCGCGCACGCCGAGGAGACCAACAACCUGGUCCCCGAUCACGUGGCCGCCAGCCCCAACGGCGUGAACGCGCACCGGGGCAGCUCCUCAGACUGUACGGCGGUGCAGCUGAACGGCGAGCUGGACCAAGAGCACGGGCACGACGAUGACGGCGACGACGACUCCGCGGCGUCGCAGCUCAACAUGCGCGGCGUCUUCCUCCACGUCCUGGGCGACGCCCUGGGCUCGGUCAUCGUGGUGGUCAACGCCCUCAUCUUCACGUUCAUGUGGCAGCCGUGCGAGCCGGGCACACCGUGCACCAACCCCUGCGUGGCCGACGCCCACUGCGUGGACCACCAGCACGUCAACCGCACGCUGGUGAGCCUGGGCGAGGCCGGCGGCGCCAACUCCAGCACCGGCGCGGUGCUGUCGGCCGGGCCGUGCUGGGUGCUGUACCUGGACCCCACGCUGUGCAUCAUCAUGGUGUGCAUCCUGCUCUACACCACCUACCCGCUGCUGAAGGAGUCCGGACUCAUCCUGCUGCAGACGGUGCCCAAGCAGAUCGACGUGACCGACCUGAGCGCCCGCCUGCGCCAGAUCGACGGCGUCCUCGCCGUCCACGACCUGCACAUCUGGCAGCUCGCCGGCAGCCGGAUCAUCGCCACGGCGCACAUCAAGUGCCACGACCCCGCCUCCUACAUGGGCGUGGCCAAGCGCCUCAAGGCCUUCUUUCACAACGAGGGGAUCCACGCCACCACCAUCCAGCCCGAGUUCGUCAUGGUCAGCUCGGAGUCCCACGCCUCCCUGUGCGAGCUGUCCUGCCGCACCCAGUGCGCCGCCAAGCUCUGCUGCCAGAACCCCAAAUCGCCCGACGCGCCCGCCGAGACCAAGGGCCACUCGGAACCCCCCAGCGUCGCCAUCGUCGCCACCCCCGGCCUGGAGGUUAUCGACGAGUCCCUGGAGAGCGAAGAGGUGCUGGGUGUCUCCUCGGAGGCGGAGUCUUCUUUAUAGAAGGACAUAUAGGGUACGUUACGAAAUAAAUAAAGGACAGAAUUUAGAACGAGACAAACAUUUAGGACUCAAACCGGACGAUACAGAGCAUCGUUUGCUGCAAACAAACACUGGAUUAGCUCGGAUUUACCGCAUCCGCCGUCCGAUCGAAUUAAAGUACCAAGAGAUUAUUGAUGAGCGUCCGAGAGGACCGAACUGUCCGAAAAAAGGAAAACGAAGACCUGAAUGGGAUUUGGUGCACAUUCCGGUGCAGUCGGGUACAAACUAUGAGGACGUUACCCGCAAGUCUUGGAUCCGAUUGGCACCACUAACUGGUAGGAGCGCGAAACUGUUCCCCCGAAACGCUGGACUGGAUCGGAUUUCUCUCUAUUCCCACACGAGAAAAUCACACACACACACACACACACACACACGGAUGGAUAUCGGACUGUAACCACACUGGAUCGUAUCAGAUCAGCUCUCGGGCGUCUGAUCCCGAACGUUCAGGACAGGACCAGUAUCGCUCCGAUGUGCCGGAUCGGAUCAGGACAAAAAGAUGUGCCGCAUGCAUUUUACCUUCCUGCUGUUUUGUAUCGUGCUGUGACGGGCGCCGGCGCUGCGCCAUUAGGACGUGGUGCAGUUCAGGCGCCCGCGUCAGGUUUGACGUUCGCUUCGAUCUGCUCGCAAAUUUUAAAUUAAAAAGCCGAAAUUGGGGCUAAAUCCACUUUUAUUAGGUUUUUAAAAUAAAUAAAUAUCUGUAGAUAAGAUAAUACUACGCUCACCACUGCCAGGUUGUCGUCGUCGGGCCCUUGAGAAAGGCCCUUUCUUGGUUGCUUUGGAUAAACGUGUCCGCAAAAUUCCAUGAACGAAAACAGAAAUUUCCUGACACCAGGGCAGCAGUAGCUUAGUAGUUAAGGUAGGACUGGUAUUUAGAAGGUUGCCAGUUUAAGCCCCACCCCUUCCAAGCUGGCACUGUUUGGCCCUGGAGCAAGGCCCCUGAAUUGCUUGAAUUUAAAUCAGUAAUAAUAGAUAGAGGCGUCCACUAAAUGCCGCGAAUAUGGUGUGGGCGGUGCAGCGGUGAAAUACACAAACUCUAUACAGACCCACAAUCCAGGGUCCGAAUCUUAGCGGCGCUAUCGGCCAACCGGGCGCCUAAAAAAGCUUGGACUGGUCAGUACUGCUACCGCGCCUGCUGCAUGUGUGAGUCGCUGCUCUUCAUGCGUGUGCGUGAACACGCCAAAGCUUACCAAGCCCGCCCCUCUUCAACUCAUGAACCCAGUACACCAUCACCAGAUCUCGAUUCAGAUCCAAAACCAGAUUCUGAUCCAAAACCAAAUUCUGAUUCUGAACCAGAUCCAAAACCAGUCCAGAUUCUGAUCCAGAUCCAAAACCACAUUCUGAUUCUGAACCAGAUCCAAAACCUGAUCCAGAUUCAGAUUCUGAUCCAGAUCCAAAACCAGAUCCAGAUUCUGAUUCUGAACCAGAUCCAAAACCUGAUUCAGAUUCAGAUUCUGAUCCAAAACCAGAUCCAGAUUCAGAUUCUGAUUCAGAUCCAAACCUGAUCCAGAUUCUGAUCCAGAUUCUGAUUCUGAACCAGAUCCAAAACCAGAUCCAGAUAAAAAACCAGAUCCAGAUUUUGUUCCAGAUCCAGGUUCUGAUCCAGAUCCAAAAGCAGAUGCCAAACCAGAUCCAAAACCAGAUCCAGAUUCUAAACCAGAUCCAGAUUAUGAUCCAGAUCCAAAACCAGAUCCAUAUUUAGAUUCUAAACCAGAUCUAAAAUCAGAUCCAGAGUCUGUUCCAGAUCCAGAUUCUGAUCCAGAUCCAAAACCAGAUCCACCUGCUGGUUUCAGUCUGAAGCCUGGACUCUUUAUAUUCCGUGACUGUUGUUCUGGAACGUUCCUGUGACUGAUUGGAUGCGUGUGUUUAAUUUAUUAGUGAUUAGUUUAUUAGUAUCGAUCCCUUUUUUGAUGAAUUCUAUUCCGAUUUGCUUUAUUAAACGUGAUCCUGUUGUUGAAGGUGAACUUUGCUGUACUCGUGCUGCUGACGCUGGAUUUGUAUCUUUAUUUUUACACUUUCACUUCAGUACCGGGAGCCUUUACACCGCGUGACGUGUCAUUCUGUGAUGAUUUUUUUUUUUGUCAGAUGAUCCUGAGUCAGCGGCUGAACUGUGCUGGAGGGUUCACUGAUUUAAUCCUCACUGUGUGAAAGAGGGACCAAAUUUUAAAGAUUUUAGUUUUUAGGAUGAAUUAAAUCUCACCACGGCUCUGGAUAAACGUCCUUUUAUUUGUACACUGUGCCCUCUCGGGCGUGGCCCAAACCAGGUUCUGGGACUGGUGGGGGUCUGGUUUGGUUUAAAAAAAACAAAAAAAAACCUUAUUAUUGUUUUCAAAUCAUGCUUUAAAACCUAUAUUAUACACUAUAUGAGCAAAAGUAUUGGGACGCCCCUUGUAAUUAUUAAAUGUAUGCAUUUCAGCCACAACAGUUGCUAAAAGGUGUAAUAAAUCUGUGAUAUAAAGAAAAUUCUAUGCUCCCAACUUGGCAGCAACAGUUUAGGGAAGGCCCUUUCCUGUACAUAAAGCCAUGAAAUAAAGCUUUCUGCACAGAGCCCUGACCUCAGCCCCACUCAACAGCUCUGGGAUAAACUGGAACACCAAUUGAUCAAUCAGCAACAGUACAAAAACGUAUGUGUAAUACGGUACGGGCACAAAUUCCCACAAACACACUUCAAAGUCUUGUGAGAAGCUUCCCAGAAGAGUGGCUGUUGUUCCAGCUGAAAAGAUCACACAGACUUUGUAUUUAAAACUGAAUUUGUGACAAGCUCGUGAUCAGGCGUCCGUAUACUUUUGGUCAUAUAGUGUAUUUUGGAUGUAUCCCAGUCCACAUCUUACUGGGAAAUGUCGGAAUUUGGGAGUUGAGAUGCCAGCGUGAGUGGUGGAGAAACAUGGUAAGAAAUCACGCCUGGCUGGUGACCGGACACCCGGCACAGGGGGCAGCUGCUAGUCUACGGCCCUACGGCCAGCGUGUCACCGUUCUGAGCGAUGGAGGAAUUGGAAAUGACUAAAUUGGAAGAAAAACAUGGGAGGUGAGAAACGGGGUGGGGUUAAACCCACUUCUGUAUCCUGCUGUGGUUUUUAGUUCAGAUUUUGUUUUUGUAGUGUGGUGCAGAUCUGAGCUCUGAGGUUCGUUCUCGCACGCCGCGUUGCUUGAGCGGGUCUCGGAUGGCGCACCAGCGCAUCAUUUUAGCUCCGCGUGAUGUUUUACUCCAACGCUCCGGUCACAUAUGAGCUGUGAAUGUAUCUGUGAGCUGUACGGACAAAAGUAUUGGGACACGCCUUCUUAUUAUUGGAUUUGACCAGGCAUAAUAAAUCAAUUACAGAAAGAAAAUUCUGUGCUUUCACCAGUUUAGGGAAGGCCCUUUCCUUGUGCGCAAAGCAAGCUCUAUAAAGACGUAAAGAAACUCCAGUGGCCUGCACAGAGCCCUGAUCUCAGCCCCACUCAACAAUUCUGAAGUGAAUCAGAACCUGAGGCUUUCUCUACCAAAAUCAGUGGCAAGCUCAUAUUCAGGUGUCCGAACACUUUUGGCCGUAUAGUAUAUGACAGGAUUUCUGUACUUUAAUAAUCUGCUUGUUCGCCUCGUUCACGGGUGCAUUUUUACCCUCCUGUGUUUUUGUUUCUUUACUCUGAUCGAUGCACAUCCAGCCUCGGCGUUCUCUCUCUGUACCGGAGCGCUGACGUCACCAGCUCGGCUGUUUUCUAUCUCUCGGUGUUGCUGUGAAAUAAACAUGGCUGUUCUAUAUCACGUC